AUGCGCACCCAAACCCUCCUCACCCUCCUCCUCCCCCUCCCCAUCCUCGCCACCCCCAUCGCUCUCUCCCCCUCCUUAACCGCCUCCCGAGCCAUCUCAAACUACCACUCCCAAAACCUUCCCCCCGACCCCGCCUUUGAUUCCGAAAUCCAAUCCCUCCUCACAAAAAUAAAAGUCUUGGAGGACAAGAACAUGGAAGACCCAAACCUAGACGCCCUCAUCGACCGGCUCAUCGACCGCCUAGCCGAGCGGGCAGCCAACAGCAAGAACAGCGGCCAGAAGAAGAAUGACAACCAGAAACCGCAAAAUAUCAUUUGUAUCGGGAUUAGUGUUUGUGAUCCGAUCACGGUUGAUAAGAGUGAUCAUAGUGUGCAUAGGCAGGGGAAGAAAAAGGAGGAGGAGAAGGAGGAGAGGGAGGAGGAGGAGGAGGGAGUAAAAAAGGGGAAGGGGUGGAAAUGGGGCGAGAAGGAGUGGAAGUGGAAAGGUGGGAAGGAGGAAGCAAAGAAGUGGAGGUGGGGAGGGAAGGAGAGGAAGAAGAAGCCUGAGGGGAAAAAGAAGAAGGAGGAGGAGCAGGAAGAGGAAGAGGAGGAAGGGGGGGCGAGGCGUCAGGGGAGGCCGACGUUUUCUGGGUAUUGGCCUAGACCGAAUUACGGGUCUCAGAGGUAUGAGGAGGGGGAGUAUCGUGGACGUCAGGGGCAGCAGGGGCAACAGGGACAGCAGGGACAGCAGGGACAGCAGGGACAGCAGCACCAACCUCAACGUCCUCACCGCGAAGCUCAAUAUGCACAACCUCGUCCUGAUUACCACCGCCGCCCUCAGCAACAGCAGCAGCAGCAGCAGCAGCAAUCUGAUCGUCCUAGAGUACAACCCGGCUUCCUACCCAGCGGUGCGCUUCCUGGUGGAUAUGGCAAUAACCGCGGAGGAAAUCGCGGUGGAGACAACGGCUACCACUUUGGUGAGAAAGGUUACAACAGCAACGGUCGCCAUGGUUAUGGCCAGCAGCGGUAUGACGACGACCGUAGUGGCAACGGGCGGCAUCAUCGUGAGGGAUUCAACAAUGGCAGCCGUCAUGGUGGAGAUUAUCAGCAGGCGCAAAGAAACAACGCUCAUCACAGGGAGUCCAAUCACGGAAGGAAACAGCAUGAUAACGAACCUUUCCACGUGUGGGUGGAUCAUGAGGGAAGACAUCGUCAAAGUGGUUAUAGGGAUCACAAGGGGAACUAUAUUGAGUGA